GCGAGCAGCAGACGAGCCUGAGCUCCAAACCGCGGCACAUUUAAAGUCAAGAGUGCUUUUGCCCCUUGCCAGCCUGACUCUGCCACUUGCAGGGUCCACGGCCCCCGUUCCCCCUUCUCCGCUGUCCCACCAGCAGCGAUCAUGAUGAUGAUGUCCCUGAACAGCAAGCAGCACUUCAGCAUGGCCCAUAGCAGCCUGCAGGACGAGCCCAAAUACUCUUCCCUGCACUCCUCCCCACACUCCUCAUCCUCGGCCACCAGUUCCCCCAGUAUCACCAGCGUCAGGAGCAGCUCCGGAGCCGGGGGAGGCAGUGGAGGCAGCAGCAGCUCGGAGGCGAUGAGAAGAGCCUGUCUCCCAACCCCACCGAGCAAUAUAUUUGGAGGUCUGGAUGAGAGUUUGCUGGCCCGUGCAGAAGCUCUGGCAGCGGUGGAUAUAGUGUCUCAGUGCAAGAGCCAACACCACCACCACCACACUCCUCACCACAGCCCCUUCAAGCCGGACGCGACCUACCACACCAUGAACACCAUCCCUUGCUCGUCUGCUUCUUCUUCUUCAUCAGUGCCCAUCUCCCAUCCGUCAGGGGUGUCUGGAUCCCACCAUCACCACCACCAUCACCAUCAUCACCAUCACCAGCCUUUGGAAGGAGAGCUGCUGGACCACAUCACCCCUGGGUUAACACUAGGGGCCAUAACCGGACCAGAUGGCUCUGUGGUGUCCACUCCAGCUCACCCUCACAUGGCCAGCAUGAACCCCAUGCACCAAGCAGCCCUGAGCAUGGCACAUGCCCAUGGGCUACCAUCCCACAUGGGCUGUAUGAGCGACGUGGAUGCGGAUCCCAGAGACUUGGAAGCCUUUGCUGAGAGGUUCAAACAGAGGCGGAUCAAACUUGGGGUGACCCAAGCGGAUGUAGGGGCUGCUCUUGCCAACCUCAAGAUCCCUGGAGUGGGUUCCCUCAGCCAGAGCACCAUCUGUCGAUUCGAGUCUCUUACCCUCUCUCACAAUAACAUGAUAGCCCUCAAGCCCAUCUUACAAGCCUGGCUGGAAGAGGCAGAGAAGUCACACAGGGAGAAGCUCACUAAACCAGAGCUCUUCAACGGGGCAGAAAAGAAGAGAAAACGAACCUCCAUAGCAGCUCCAGAGAAGAGGUCCCUAGAAGCAUAUUUCGCCAUCCAACCUCGCCCUUCUUCCGAGAAGAUCGCAGCAAUAGCCGAAAAACUGGAUCUGAAAAAGAACGUGGUCCGGGUCUGGUUCUGUAACCAAAGGCAAAAACAAAAACGAAUGAAAUACUCUGCUGGAAUCUAGAAUUCUCUGGAUUUUUUUUU